AUGAUAAAUUAUGACACAAUUGAUGAUGAAUUUGCAUCUUUAUUCUUAAAAGAAUUGCAGAAAACAACCAAUGGGAUCACAUUUACAAAUGGUAACAACAACAACAACAACAGCAAUAAUAAUAAUAACAACAACAAUGUAGAUCUUAUAAAUGCUCAAUUCUUUCAAAGUUUGAACGAAAAAAAUUCCGAGACUUUUUCUGAACCCAUUGUCGGUACUACUAACAAUGAUAACAAUAAAAAAAGAACUUAUGAUGAAUUUGAGACAAAUUCAACGGCUUCGCAACUUGUUUCUCAAACAUCACAUGUUACUACCGCACACGCCACAUAUGAUAUAUAUUUACCACCAGAAACGACUUUGUCAUCCACAUUCUUUGGUAUGAAUGACAAUUACGUAAGCAGUAAUUAUGACACCGAUAUUAAAAAUACCAUCACUAAUAAUCGUCAAGGUACUUUUGUAAAAUCAGAAAGCGCAACAAAUACAGCGGAUGAACCAGCCAUUGCCACAUACAAAGAUAGAAAAGACAUGGAUGAACCCGAUAAUUUAAAUGGUGCUCUUUUAAAAUUUCAAAUUCUUGAUGAGAAAAACAUUCCAUUUUUACUCACUGGAGAUUGUUCAGGUGUUUUCAAUGUUGAUUGUAGUUUAGAUGGAAGAUUUUAUAUAGAAAAACACACCCUGUCGCUUUUACUGGGUAAACCACAAGUAGAUGAGAACCCGUCAUCAGACAAUAGCUGUGGUACUGUUACUGAUAAUGACCAAAUUACUUUGUUUUGUUAUCGUAGAAAUUUCAUUUCCAUUAAACUUGAAUUUAGUUUCCCCUUUGACAGCACUGGUAUUCAAAGUUUAUAUUUAAAGAAAACAAAAAAUGAAGAAAAUGCCAUCGAAAUAUCAAAACUAAGAUUCAAAGUUUAUUGCAGCUUAAGGAAAUCAACUUCUGACGAUGAUGAUUCUUUCAAAGUCAUUGUACCAAUGGAGCAGUUUGUUAUGCCAAAAAAUAACGAAGUCUUGAAAAAAAAUAAAGAUGGCAACUUUGUAUUAAAAUGCUCAGAAUAUGAAAUUCCAAUUACAAAACUUGGUGAUUAUUACAACGCAAAUACUGAUUGUUUUAUUGUCGAAUGGGAUCAAAUCAAAUUUAAGUCUGCCACUGCUAAUAAUAGACACGAUGCUAAGGAUAAAUUUUAUGUUGUAACUACCUCAAUCGAGUUUUUGGAUAAGUUUAAUGAACCAGUUUAUAAUACAAAACUUGAAUCACUACCGGUCAUGGUUAGAGGUAGAAAUCCAAGUUUUUACUCCGACAAGGGUGAUAUAUUUCUUGGAAAACUAAAAUCUAACCAUUUAGUUUCAUUUAAAGCUGAAAAUUCAAAUGAUUUAAAAAAUGACCAUGUUGUUAAAAAAAGUAGGAAAAAAUCGCCUUCAAAAAAUCAAAUAUCUGAGGAAACAAGUAACGCUUCUAGUCCUUCCUCUGCGCCAGUAUCCAAUACUAAUUUAGCUUCAAUGAACAAUUCCCAAGAGUCGCUGGUUGUGGAUGGAUUAAACUACCACUAUUUUAAAAUGGAUAACAAUUAUUACCUACCGCCAAUAGAAGUGGGAUAUUUCCCACAUUACGUUCAUCAUAAUAAACAAGUAUUCAAGCUACAAGCGCCUCCAUCUAAUAGACAAAAUGAAGAGGAUUCUUCUACUCAUUAUAAUUACUUUAUGUGA